ACCGUUUUCUAUCCCUUCCGCUGCCUCCUUCUAACCAUAACCACCUCACAAAAAGGGCUCGCAGCUGAACCCGGGCGCGCCGGCCUUCACCCCGCGCUCCAUCACGGCAGCCGCGACCAGCCCGACUAGACUUCCCCAUCGUUCCAUGGACGGCUUCUUUGACAGCCAGCCUACGACGCCAUCGUUACCCGUUCCGAACGCCCCACCGCCUACGCCCGUCCUCCCUCUGGCCCAUAUACCACCGCCACACCAUGUCCACUUCUUUGCUGCUGCGCCGGUGGUCAUGAUGCCGGCUUCUUACGCUACCUUGUUUCAUCCUGCGCAGCACCCGACCAUGUUUUCUCAACCCGGGUUGUCGCCGCAGCGGCCGGCGCCGGCGCCGUCGGUGGGGAGGAGAUUGGAGGUGGCUGAAAGUAGUGUUGACUCUGCUGAGGGGGUGGCGGUUGAACAAGACCGAAAGGUGUACAGGAGGUCGGCGGAGGUGAGAAGAUGGCCAUUAAUGCCAUCGCUGGAAGCAUUAGUGCCAUUGUUGGGAAAGGAAGUGCCAAGGAGGACGACGGGGUCGACCGGGUCGGGGAGGGAGGAUGAUGAUGGGUCGGAGGAGUCUAUGGGUUGUGAUCGAAAGGAAGAGGAGGACGAGGUUGAGGAUGCAGGGGAGGGGCCGAGGUAUCCCCGGUAUUCUAGACGGGUGCAAUCCAAGAGCGAGCCGGGCGUUUUGGGGGGAACGGUGCGGUAUCAUGAUGACUUGUCUGGUGAGGGAGAGGAAGAGGGGUCGUCUUCGGGGGGCUGAGGUUAUGGGUUAUGACAUGGGCUUUUUCUGGCGCUUAUCUUUCCCAUCUUCGUCUUUUUCUCUUUACCCCGGUCAGGAAUUGCUUGUUGUCGCAAACGACUAAGUGUUUGGCUAAACUAUUCUUAUGAUUUUUAUGGAACAUCGGGAGGGAGGCUGGGGAUGAUUUGUAGGUGUAGGUGGGUUUAGCUUA